AUGAAUCGUCGAGAUGGCAAUGGUACUGGCAAUGAGGAUGAAGAAGCGUUUCUGCCUGGACCAACUGUCCAACGUGUGUCGGCCGAGAAGCACAACCCGGUUGGCCUUAUCGUGGCAGUAAUCACAUUCUACUUUAUUAUUUCCUUGUCUGUCGUCUUUUUGAACAAGUUUAUCAUGAGUGGAUCCGAUUUCCCCUAUGCUUUGUUUGUUACAUGGUAUCAGCUAGUCGUAGCGCUUGUCUUAUUAUUGAUUUGGGCACAAGCAGGCAAAAGUUAUGCGAUACUUAGUAUCAUUCCUCCUUAUGAAUUCGAUUUACGUAUAGCCAAAAAGGUUGCCCCAUUGACAUUUGUGUAUGUAAUGAUGUUGGCUCUCAACAAUCUGUGCCUCAAAUAUGUCGAGGUUACAUUCUACCAGGUUGCACGAUCAUUGUCGAUCAAUUUCACAAUUUUGUUUACCUACAUGAUUCUUGGCAAGACAACCUCGAUGCCUGCUAUUGUGGCCUGUGGUAUCGUAUUCUUGGGAUUUGCAAUUGGAUCCUAUGGUGAGAUCAACUUUUCAUGGGCUGGUAUCUUUUAUGGUGUUGGAUCUUCUGCAUUUGUGGCUCUGUAUGGUAUCUAUGUUCAAAAGACAUUGGCUGCCGUAGACAAUAAUCAAUGGCGCCUGUUGCACUAUAACACUACCUUGGCUAUCAUCUUCCUCUUCCCAUUAGUAUUGUUCUCGGGUGAAUUGUCCGAGAUUUUGGCAACAAAGACCGAAAUUCUUAGUGAUAUGGGAUUCUGGGCCCUCAUGACCCUUACUGGUGUCACUGGUUUCGGUAUCAACAUUGCAAUGUUCUUGCAGGUCAAGUAUACAUCUGCUCUGACCAACACUAUCUGUGGUACAGCCAAGGCUUGUGUUCAGACGGUGAUGGCUGCAAUGAUCUUCAGAAAUCCCAUCUCAGAACUAAAUGGCUUGGGUAUCUUAUUGGCCUUGUUUGGUUCGGGUUACUAUGGUUGGGUGCGUUACAAGGAAAGAGUCGGAAAGUAA